CCAAUCAUAUCCUCAACCCGCUUAUCCACAACAAUUCAUCCCAUAUUCCCAUCACACACAAUGUGUGGACAUUUCUCACCUUGUUGAUAGUGUUCGAAGAGCUCUAACCAGAGCAAGCUCCCGGCGAUCAUGGCUUCCACACAGUGCUUCUACUUGCGCCACCAUGCCCUCUCAACCCCUUCCAGGACGCCGUCCACGUCAUCCCCGCGCCCCUGCUGCCCCCUCCCCAGGCCCCUCUGCCGCGCCCGGAUGCAGUCCGCCGCGGCCACUGAAAUCGACGGCGGCGCACUCGCCGUCUCCCGCAGAUUGGCUCUCACCGCCCUCAUCGCCUCUGCCGCCGUUGCCUUCAAAGCUUCCCCCGCUGAUGCCGCCUACGGAGAAGCCGCCAAUGUUUUUGGAAAGCCAAAAACAAACACGGAGUUCUUGCCGGUCUCUGGAGAUGGAUUCAAGCUUCAGGUUCCAUCCAAGUGGAAUCCAAGCAAGGAAAUUGAGUAUCCCGGUCAGGUUCUUAGAUACGAAGACAACUUUGAUGCAAACAGCAAUGUAUGCGUCUUGAUCACUCCGACCGAUAAGAAUUCCAUCGCAGACUAUGGAUCACCUGAAGAAUUCCUUUCACAAGUGGACUAUUUGCUGGGAAAACAAGCAUUCUCUGGCAAAACCGAGUCAGAGGGAGGGUUUGAUUCUAAUGCUGUGGCGACUGCAAACAUUUUGGAGACAUCAACUCCGGUGGUGGAAGGGAAGCAAUACUACUCCAUCUCCGUGUUGACACGAACGGCGGAUGGGGAUGAAGGGGGGAAACACCAGCUGAUCACCGCCACUGUUUCGGACGGGAAGCUUUACAUCUGCAAGGCACAAGCUGGCGACAAGAGAUGGUUCAAAGGAUCAAGGAAGUUCGUCGAGAGCACUGCUAGUUCCUUCAGCCUUGCUUAAGUCAGGUAGUAGUUGCUCAGUCUGUGUUUCUAUCAAUUUGCAUCCUUGAAAGAAAAAAAAAUCCCCAUUGAGGGCAUUGAAACCUUCUCUGCUUUAAUUGACCAUAAAGUUUUACCAGUAAUUUGGAGUAAUGGAUGGAUUGAGGAUGCUAAUAAUGCUGAUAUUUAUGUAGUGUUGGAUUCAUCCCAUUCAUCAAAUUCAUCCUACAAUACAACAUCAUUGCUGUGAACAUAAAUAAUGUAGCAGCAGCUAAGGAGUCUGUUUCCAUGUGAUUAAAUCAAAUAGAUGUCUUUUU